CUCUCCACCUGGAAAUAUACAUACACUUGCCAUGGGCACAUUCUUCAAUUUUCUUUUUUCUUUCAGAACCCCGUUCCUCAUGGCCGCCAUCCGGCUGCGGCAGUUUGUUGACCGCCACCCGCAGAUCCCACCCAGCUCACACAUUGCUCAUCAAGGAAAGGAUGUCCUUGGCUACCUCCCUGGGCAGCUGGCACGAGUCCAUGUUGUAAGGAGCUCUCCCAGACCUCUCAUAGACGUGGCCAUGCCUCCCGAGGAGAAACACCAGUGUCAGCCUCAACUCGACCAACAAACUCUCAUCCGAUAUAUUUGUUUUCGAAGACAUUCCAAGCCUGCCGAACCAUGGUACAAAGAGACCACGUACCAAAAAGACUAUUCUCUGCCAUUUUACACGUUUGAUUGGGACCGGAAAUUAGGCACAGUUUUAUCGAAUCGUCGACCAAUCAACUCACUGCCAGAGUUCUACUGUUGUAAAGACAGGUGGCACUGAAAUAAAAGC